GUUUACGGACGGUGAAGCUAAGUAACGCCGCCUUGUCUUGAAGAUCAGAAAUAAAAGCAAGUUCAACGGCAUUUUAUUGAGUGACCAAAGGAUCACUGCCCUGAAGUGAAACAUUAACAAGGCCUGGAGAGAAAAAACCAGGAGCGCUUUUCGGGAUUCCUUUUCAGCCAGAGCCAGGCUGGGAUCAUCUGGAGCGCGGGACAGAGCAGACAUGGCUGAGGACGGCACAAAGCAGACGGCCAAGGGAGAAACAGAAACGUGCUCGAUGAGGGUUAACUUAAACUGAAUCAAACUCCAAACCCUGGGUUUGGAAGACUUCCCGGUCAACUCACUACCACCACAUACCAUGGUGUGAAUGGAGGCGAGAGGGAAGAUGAACGCUUUUCAGAGAGACGUAUCCAAGGAAACUUUGUUCGCUUCCAUUUCUGCAGGAGACGAUGCCCCCAAAGGAGCUUGCACUUUGCAGAAAAAAUCCCCGAAACUCUGCGGCACCAACUACCCGCUAAGCAUCGCCUUCAUCGUGGUGAACGAGUUCUGCGAGCGCUUCUCCUACUAUGGCAUGAAAGCUGUCCUGACAUUGUAUUUUCUCAAUUUCCUCCACUGGGAUGAGAACCUGUCCACCUCUAUGUACCAUGCCUUCUCAGGGCUGUGUUACUUCACCCCCCUCAUUGGAGCAAUCAUAGCUGACUCCUGGCUGGGAAAAUUCAAGACAAUCAUCUACCUGUCCAUUGUUUAUGUGAUUGGCCAUGUGAUCAAGUCAGUCGGUGCGAUACCAGUUGUCGGGGACCAGGUUCUUCAUGUGGUCCUGUCCAUGGUUGGCCUGUCUUUGAUUGCUUUUGGAACAGGCGGUAUCAAGCCCUGUGUAGCGGCAUUUGGUGGGGACCAGUUUGAAGAAGAACAUGCCUCGGAGAGGAGCAAGUUUUUUUCAGUCUUCUAUCUAUCUAUUAAUGCUGGAAGUUUGAUCUCCACGUUUGUUACUCCCGUAUUAAGAGGGGACGUGAAAUGUUUUGGAGGAGACUGUUUUGCCUUGGCUUUCGGUGUCCCAGCAGUGCUCAUGGUUUUAGCCCUGGUCGUAUUUAUUUCCGGAAGUGGAUUGUACAAGAAGAUGCCGCCCCGGGGAAACAUCCUACUCCAAGUUUGUCAGUGCGUCGGGUUUGCCAUUAAGAACCGGGUGAAAAACCGCUCCCGUCUAAUUCCAAAGAGGGAACACUGGCUCGACUGGGCAUCAGAGAAGUACUCAAAACAACUGAUCAAUGAGGUUAAAAUGGUGACACGCGUCCUCUUCCUGUUCAUCCCACUGCCGAUGUUCUGGGCCCUGUUUGAUCAACAGGGGUCCAGGUGGACACUGCAAGCCACAAAAAUGGAUGCCGACUUUGGAGGACUUAUCCUUAAACCUGACCAAAUGCAGUUCUUAAAUCCACUUCUGAUUCUUAUCUUCAUCCCCAUUUUUGACCUUGGGCUCUACCCCCUGUUAAAUCUGUGCAGAUUAAAUUUUACGCCUAUUAAAAAAAUGGCAACAGGUAUGAUCCUUGCAGCUCUGGCAUUUGCAGCCGCAGCCAUCAUAGAAGUCAAAAUUAAUGAGCGUGACAUGCCCAAGCCUGUUCCAAAAGAAAGUUUCCUUCAAGUCCUGAAUCUGGCAGACAACAAAGUUCAAGUGACAGUCCAAGACCGAGACCUCUUUCAGCAGCCAUUUGAGACUUUUCAGGAUCCAGCUGAGUAUUUGAAAUUAAUAUUGAGCGGUGAGCAGCAAACCCUUCGCUUUAACCUGCAAGAGACUCCUGGACCGGCCUCCGCUUUUAACUACACCGUGCAGGAGAAAUCCGUGUACAGCUUGAUUGUUUACAAAGCAGGAGGAAGCAUAUCAAGCCGCUUAAUCACAGACAUGCAAACGAAACCCGUCAAGGGAAUGGCAGCUGUCAGAUUCAUUAAUGCAUGGGACCAAAAUGUCAACAUCACCUUGGGCGGCCAGGAGGACAUCAGCGUUAAUAAAAGUUAUGGCGUUUCGGGUUACACGACGUUAGAGAGGGGAAACUACAAUAAGAGAAAAUGCCGAACCGAAACAGGGGAAUUCAGCCUGGACCUAGGGCUGCUUGACUUCGGAGCGUCGUACACCGUUGUGAUAACCAACGUUAAACCAGAGGUAAGGUCUGGUCUUGUGGCUCGAGUGGGAAUCCUCCAAGGGAAAUAUGGGAUCCAUGGAUUGGUUUUGGCAGUUUUGCUCGGCAGCGUUGUUCUUUCCGAGUUAAUGCCGGCUCAUCCUUGGCACUAAGGGGGUGCUGUGCUGCUGGAAAUGCCCCUGCCAGAUAGGGCGUAACAUCGAUAUAUAAUCACUAAAAACUCCACAAGAGCCCUCUUACCUUCAUUACUUUCCAGACAUGUUCCACCUCGCCCUGCAACUUCCCCUGCCUGGAGCUGACGUGACGGGCCUUGGGGAUUUUAGAGGGGGCGGGAGAAAAGCCACGAGAGAGGCUUGAAAGUCGGUGUCUGUCUUGCCAUUUCUCAGCUAGGGAGUACAUAAUCAUUUUGAAUUCCAGCUAAGGAACAGCAUCUAUCUUUGGAGGAUUUCCAGAAACAGAAAGGGAAGUUUUCAUGACAUUUCCUCCCCCUUUUCAGGGGUGUUAACAGCAUUGGAGCCAGGCAGCCCCCUUUGACGGGCUGCUAUUGCUCCAGCCACUCAGAUUUGCAAUGCUUCUCUAGCUGACAAGGGCCAAGUACCUAGAUGCGAUCAGACCAUUUACCACUUUGGCUUUUCCAAAGCACAGCCGUGCAGACAAACCGAGUCUGACAGGACACUGUGCUUAGCUGCCCUUUGGGUCUCUGACUGCCGUGCUGUGAUUAGCAGGGCAAAAUGCUACUAGCUGCUCGCUGGUAAUAAAGUGUCCCUGUUGGGCAACUACUAAGAUCUGGCCAUGCCUCCAAACCCAGUUCUCCAAAGAAAACAAUUAUAGCUGCAAAGCUCCCAGUCAUUGCUGAGGUGGGGUGUACAACCCUCAAGGAAACGGGCCUGUCCUGUCAUCUCUAAAUUCAGGGAAUUAUGUAUGCCGUGCAAAAGUGCUCCCGGGGGGCAUGCAAGCAUAUCCCCCUUAAAUCUGUUUCUCCUUCCAAAAUGAUGCCAUAAUCUUUGCUUUCCCAAGUGUUUUCUAUCUGCAUUUUGUCACAAUAAAUAACAGCAUCAUUUGCAUGGUA